GUUCAUAUCUAAGCUUGAGGAUAUGUACACGAUGAAAACCGUGACGUGCAACGCCAGCUCAACGAAGCAAAAUCGCGUCAGAACACCUCGGAAUGUCGCAAACUCCUCUCCUCAGCACUAUUCUUCCCCUCUCCGACAGCAACCCCAGCCUCCUGCUCUCCUUACACAGUCGUCGAUGCCCAUGCGGACCCGCACCUAAGCGCUCCCUCGCCGACCAUCAGCAUCGGCUCGUCGCCGACUACCUAGGUAUAUCGCCCGUUACAUCAUCGGCAGCGACCCCGCUAAAAGCUACCCCACCCCACAAUCAUCCGUCGUCUAAUCCUUCACCCCAGCAAUCACGCAAUCGCCGCCAGCACCAAAGCAGCAGCGCAACCACAGCAAUGGCCCAAGUACGUGCUAUACAAUUGUCCGAAUGCGGUAGUGUGUUUGUGCAGACGCGCUGACGUCAUUGGCUAGCUGGAGUAUUCAGUCGAGAAGCCGCUGAACCGCGAGCCGGAGCUGGAGAAGCUAGUUUCAAGUUUCAUAACCGAGUCCGGCGGCUAUGACAGAAACCACGGCCCAAUCCCGCAUCUCGAC